CGUCCGUCAGUGCAUGGCGAACACGCCAGUCGCUAACCGAGCACACGUGACGGUUAUCCGCAACCUGGGCGUCAUGCAGGCGGGUUGCGCCAUCCGCGCUGACGUCGCGCCCUUCUGACGGCGCCACUGAAGCAAACGAUAUCCAGCGCCCGGCACACGUCAGCAGGCGGCCUUCCCGUUGAGCUCUUGAUUUCCCACAUUCUCUCCAGUUUGGGAGCCUGUAAUGCGCCCUGAAAGCAGCCAAGGAUUCAAGCAGGUGAACUUCGGACUCAAGACCGUCUCUCCGUUUGAGGUAUAAAGCUCCGUCUCCGCCAAGCAGUCCUCAUUCCAAACCGCCCACAUUACGCAUUUGCAAGCAAUCUCCAAUUCUCUAAACAAAACACCCAAGUUCGCAAGUUCUCUAUACGUCGCCACCAUGUCGAGCGGCCAGCAGAGCGGUCCCGCGACCCAGAGCAAGGACGAGCUCAUGGACCAGAGCAAGAAGCCCGACGGACAGAGCCAGGAGGCCUUCGAGAGGCAGCAGGAGGGACGCAGCAAGGGCGGAAAGGCUCGCAGCGAGCAGCUGGGCACUGAGGGUUACAAGGAGAUGGGUUCCAAGGGCGGGUCUGUCACCAAGGAGGACACCCAGUCUUAAGAGAGUGUUGCGUUGAAGGACUUUGUUGUACAGUGUAGCAGCCUUGUAUACUAAGUAGGGGUUGAAAGAAUCAACAUUUUGCGAGUUGUACUUGUACAAUUGUGGAAGAUGAACUGUAUGUAUACCUUUUGCAUUCAUAGUUUUGUCUUCACAUUCUGCCACGAAUGAUAUUUCUCAAUAAUCACACA